UUCCCCGUCCCACUCCGUGGCCAUAUCGACAGAUAUGCCCACAAACUUACUGGUUUUCUCUACCCUUACAUCACUAUCACCUUCCCUGAGUACACCGGCGAGCGUCUCCGCCGAAGUGAAGCCUUUACCGCCAUUCAAAACUACCUUGCUUCCCGAAGCACCAUCCGGGCCACGCGUAUGAGAGCGGAGGCGGUCAAAAACAGCAAAUCUCUGAUACUCAGUAUGGAUGAUAACGAAGAAGUUAUCGACGAAUAUGAAGGCGUUAAAAUCUGGUGGACUUCCACUAAAGUUAUGCUCACCAAUAAAAGCUUUUCUCGUUACCCUUCAAACGAUGAGAAACGAUCCUACCAGCUCACUUUCCACCGCCAGCACAGGGAGAUCAUUCUUGAAACUUUUAUACACCACAUCAUGGAAGAAGGCAAGUCGGUGGAGAAGAAGAAUCGGCAACGGAAGCUUUAUAUGAACAGUUCCAAGAACGAAUGGUGGCAUAAAAGCAACUGGAGGCACGUUCCUUUUGAGCAUCCUGCAAAGUUUCGAACUCUGGCAAUGGAUCCUGAGACGAAGCAAGGGAUUAUAAACGAUCUAAUCAAGUUUAAGAACGGAAAAGAGUAUUACGAGAAGGUGGGUAAGGCUUGGAAACGUGGCUAUCUUCUCUACGGUCCGCCGGGUACUGGAAAGUCCACCAUGAUCGCUGCCAUUGCCAAUUUCAUGGAGUAUGAUGUCUAUGAUCUCGAGCUCACGUCCGUUAAGGAUAAUAGUGAGUUGAAAAAGCUAUUGAUUGAGAUAUCGAACAAAUCAAUAAUUGUGAUUGAGGACAUUGAUUGCUCUCUUGAUCUUACUGGGCAACGGAAGAAGAAGAAAACAGAGGAUGAGGAAGAUAAAGAGAUGAAAGACCCUGUUAAGCAGGCGGUAAAAGAGGAGGAGAAACAGAGCAAGGUGACACUCUCUGGAUUGUUGAACUUCAUAGAUGGAAUUUGGUCGGCAUGCGGUGGGGAGAGGUUGAUCAUCUUCACGACCAAUCACAAGGAAAAGCUUGAUGAAGCU